AUGUUAUGCACACCAGCUGCGGAACGUAACAAACAGCCAAUAUUGGAUAUUCUCAAACAAUAUAUCGACAAUCAAUCACGUACGUUGUUGGAAAUUGCAUCUGGUAGUGGUCAGCAUGUUUGUUAUUUUGCACCACAUUUUCCAAAUGUCCUAUUUCAACCCUCCGAUAUGGAUGAUCGUCACGUGAAAUCCAUAAAUCUAUACAUUGAUCAUUUCAAGUUGUGCAAUGUUAAGCAGGCUUUGAAAAUUGACGUUCGAAAUGAUAUUAGCAGCUGGAACUUGCCGAUUGAAUUCCAACCGGAACAAAUCGAUUAUCUCUUAUCGAUAAAUAUGAUACAUAUCAGUUCAAAUGCUGCUGUCGAUGCACUGUUUAAAAGGGCUGGAUCGUUACUUUCUAGUAAACAUGGUUUGUUGAUUACAUAUGGUCCGUAUGCUAUGAAUGGUGAAAUAACUCCGCAAAGUAAUAUUGACUUUCAUCGAUCACUUCUUUCCACUAAUCCUGAAUGGGGUUUACGUGAUAUAAAUCUUUUGAAUGAGAAAGCGGCUAUUAGUGGAUUAUAUGUGCAAAAAAUACAUGAUAUGCCAGCCAACAACAAAAUGAUAAUUUUUGGACGACAGCCUGUAUCAUGA